AUGGCUGCACGGGUUACUCUGCGUCUUUUGGUCUUCUUGAUGGAGUUGAUUGUUCAGCUCAGCGAGGUCGUCAAUGGCAACCGUCAUGGUUUAAAUGUGCUCAAGGUCAAUGUAUGCGGUACAGAAGACGGUUCGCCUGCUGCCUGGAUUCAGGACUCCAUCUACCAGCACUUCAUCUACCAGUACUCCAUCUACCAGUACUCCAUCUACCAGUACUCCAUCUACCAGUACUCCAUCUACCAGUACUCCAGCUACCAGUACUCCAUCUACCAGUACUCCAUCUACCAGCACUCCGUCUACCAGCACUCUGUCUACUAG